GUUAAAGCAAGAUCGAUAGAACGUGUAGCGGUUGUUUGUGAUGUCAACACGUAAUUUCAGGAGAGUAUAAACAUUUUCCAAAAGACUCCUAAUAGUAUGCGUUAAUUGCUUUAUUUUUGGUAACGCAAAAAAUAUUUACAAGUACCUAGUACGGAUAAAAAUGACGAAACAAUCGAUCUAUCUCCACUUUAAAAUCGAAAUAACUCCGCGGUGAUAAUGUGUGUCAAAUUUAGUGUUUUUUUAGUGUUUAAACGAUUUAUGAAAUUGUGACUUACUGAUUUGUGAGUGUAAUAAUUAAGCAGCUGGAAUGGCUUUUCGGGAGUAUGUAGCUGGAUUCUUCCACAAUCACAACGUGAUGGCUCCUUUCUCGCGGUUCUACAGAGCCAUGGUGCUCAAAAUGAACCAACAUGAGGAUGAGGCAACAACGUCGGGCAUUACCGAUGGCGCGGCGGAUGAGCAACAGAAUCGAGUCAUCUUCGUCAACCGCCCGCAGCCACAGAAGUUUGUUAACAACAGGAUAUCAACUGCAAAGUAUAGCGUGCCGUCGUUCGUUCCCCUGUUCCUGUUCGAACAGUUCCGCCGCUACUCCAACUGCUUCUUCCUGCUGAUCGCGCUCUUGCAGCAGAUCCCAGACGUUUCGCCCACCGGCCGCUGGACCACGCUCACGCCGCUCAUCCUUAUACUUACUGUUAGCGCCAUUAAGGAAGUCGUCGAGGAUUUUAAACGUCAUCGAGCAGAUGACGAGACAAACCGACGGAAAGUGGAAGUGCUUAGGGAUGGAAGAUGGCAAAGCAUCAGAUGGGAAAAACUUCAAGUCGGCGACAUAUGCAAAGUUCUCAACAAUCAGUUUUUUCCGGCCGACCUUGUGUUAUUGGCCUCUAGCGAACCCCAAGGCAUAUCUUUCAUCGAAACAUCGAACUUGGACGGCGAAACUAACCUCAAGAUACGUCAAGCUAGUCCAGAUACAUCUUGCUUGGAUACGGUCUUUGCACUUGCUGACUUCAGAGCGACGGUGCAGUGUGAGCCGCCCAACAGACAUCUUUAUGAGUUUAAUGGGAUGCUUAAGGAGGCUAAUGCUAAGACGUUGCCGCUGAACCUGGAGCAGAUGUUGUUGCGCGGCGCCAUGCUGCGCAACACGGCCUGGGUGCACGCGCUCGUCGUCUACACGGGCCACGAGACCAAGCUCAUGAAGAACUCCACCAAGGCUCCGCUGAAGCGGUCGUCGAUCGACCGUCAGACGAACACGCACAUUUUGAUGCUGUUCAUGAUCCUGCUGGUGCUGUCGUUGCUGAGCGCCGGCUGUAAUGAACUGUGGCUGCGCUUGCGCAUGAAUACGGACUGGUACACCGGCCUCGACGAGGCACAGAAUGCACAUUUCGGAUUCAACUUUUUAACCUUUUUGAUAUUAUACAACAAUCUUAUACCUAUAUCCUUACAAGUUACUGCUGAAAUUGUGAGAUUUUUUCAAGCAAAAUUCAUAGCAAUGGAUGGCGAGAUGUACCACGAACAGACGGACACGCCGGCACUGGCGCGGACCUCCAACCUUAACGAGGAGCUGGGCAUGGUGCGAUACGUGUUCAGCGACAAGACCGGCACGCUCACCUGCAACGUCAUGGAGUUUCGCAAAUGCUCCAUCGCCGAGGUGAUCUACAACAAACCGAGUCCAAACGAGCGUCUCGAGGACACGCUGCUGUACCAGAACCUCGACAGCGGCCAUCCCAGCGCGCCCGUCAUCACCGAGUUUCUCACCAUGCUGGCCGUCUGCCACACCGUCAUACCCGAGCCGAUCGACGGCGUAAUCAACUACCACGCAGCGUCGCCCGACGAGCGCGCGCUGGUGAGCGGCGCGGCGGCGUGGGGCUGGACGUUCGAGACGCGCACGCCGGCCGCCGUGACGGUGCGCGCGCGCGGCCGCUCGCUCACGUUCGCCGUGCUGCACGUGCUCGCCUUCACGUCGGCGCGCAAGCGCAUGUCCGUGCUCGUGCGCACGCCCUCGGGCGAGAUCAAGCUGUACUGCAAGGGCGCCGACUCCGUCAUCUACCCGCGCCUGGCGGGCGGCCCGCGCGCCGCGCCCUACGCGGAGGCCACGCUGGCGCACCUCGAGCACUUCGCGGCCGAGGGGCUGCGCACGCUGGUCUACGCCGUGGCCGACGUGCCCGAGCGCGUCUAUGAGGACUGGUCGAAUAUGUAUCACAAGGCGAGCAUAGCGAUACACGAUCGAGAGCAGAAAAUCGAAGAGGCUGCGCUCCUCAUCGAGAACAACCUCCGGCUGCUCGGCGCCACCGCCAUCGAGGACAAACUGCAGGACGGCGUCCCGGAGUCGAUCGCGGCGCUGCUGAAGGCCAACAUCCACGUGUGGGUGCUGACGGGCGACAAGCAGGAGACGGCCAUCAACGUGGCGCACUCGGCGCGCCUGCUGCACGCCGCCAUGCCGCUGCUGCUGCUCAACGAGGAGAGCCUUGACGCAACGCGAGAGAGUCUGUCGCGUCACCUGACAGACUUCGGCGAAAACCUACGUAAGGAAAACGAAGUGGCACUCGUCAUCGACGGCCAGACGCUCAAGUACGCGAUGGGCUGCGACUUGAAGAAAGACUUCAUCGACCUCUGCGUGUCCUGUAAAGUAGUCGUGUGCUGUAGAGUGUCGCCCAUACAAAAGGCAGAGGUCGUAGAGAUGGUGUCGCGGGCGACGGGUGCCGUGACGCUGGCGAUCGGCGACGGCGCGAACGACGUGGCCAUGAUCCAGCGCGCCUCCGUCGGCGUCGGCAUCUCCGGCGUCGAGGGGCUGCAGGCCGUCUGCGCCUCCGACUACAGCAUCGCACAGUUCCGGUUUCUGGUGCGGCUGCUGUUGGUACAUGGAGCCUGGAACUACUCGCGUAUCAGCAAACUCAUUCUGUACUCAUUUUACAAGAAUAUUUGUCUCUACGUCAUCGAGCUGUGGUUCGCUAUCUAUUCAGCUUGGUCUGGUCAGAUUCUGUUCGAGAGGUGGACAAUCGGGUUCUACAACGUGAUAUUCACGGCGCUACCUCCCUUCGCCAUAGGACUGUUUGACAAGAUCUGCUCGCCUGAAAUCAUGCUUAGGCACCCGGUGCUGUACAUCCCAUCGCAGCAAGGCCUGCUGUUCAACGUGCGCGUGUUCUGGGUGUGGGCGGUGAACGCGCUGCUACACUCAAUACUGCUGUUCUGGUUGCCGGUACUGCUCACGAGCCACCACGUGCUGUGGCCCAGCGGCAAAGACGGCGGGUAUCUCGUGCUGGGCAACUUCGUUUACACCUUCGUGGUAGCGACAGUGUGCCUGAAGGCGGGGCUGGCGACGCACUCGUGGACGUGGGUCACGCACGUCUCCAUCUGGGGCUCGCUGGCUCUCUGGUUCCUCUUCAUACUAGUAUACAGCAACCUGUACCCGGUGGUGGUGAUCGGCGCAGUUAUGCGUGGUAUGGACCGCAUGGUGUUCAGCUCGCUCGUCUUCUGGUUCGGCUUGCUGCUGGUGCCCGUCGCCACUCUGCUGCCCGACCUGAUCAUCACCGUCGUGCAUAACUCGGCGUUCAAGACGAUGACGGAGGCGGUGCGGGAGAGCGAGAUCAAGAAGCGAGAUCCCGCCGCGCUACUCGCGCACCCGCGACACUCUUGGACUUACCUCAUUUGGUAUAUGAGAGGAAUUACAGCCUUUAAAAGCGCGGCGGACGCCCGGCUCGCCGUGGCCAGGCUGGCGCAGUCCUCACGGAGACCGCGCGGCUGCUGCAGAACGUGCGCAGCGUGUUCGGACGCCGCUCCGCCGCGCGCGCCGCCACUGAGCUCGAGCUGUCGCAUGGGUUUGCGUUCUCACAAGAGGAGGGCGCGAGCGUGUCGCAGGCAGACGUCAUCCGCGCGUACGACACAAGUCGGCCGCGGCCGCGCUCCUAAGCUGACCGACGCUCCCCACAGCCGCAGAGUGCAAGAUGUACUUCAAGAUCGUCGUAAUGACGUACAAAGUAAAAAUAAAUAUUUUCGUCACAUUUUAAUGAAUUUUAAAUAUACAUUUUUUUAAGGCUUUAGCGCCCCCCGCGGGCAGUACAUGCGCAUGUCUUAGUCUUCAUCAUAUUAUUAUAUACUCAUCUACUUAAGUGUAUACAUACAUAUGUGUGUAGUUAUCACUAUAAUUGGGAAUCAGUGUAAUGAUCUAUAUAUGUAAUGAGAUAUGUUUACCUGCGGGCGUCGUUGAGUUUGUAUAUAAUUUGAUAUUUAUUUAUAUUUUAUUCGACAUAAAUCGUCUUUUAAAAUCAUGUAAACCGUUAACGGUCACUAUUUAUUUUCGUACCAAUUUAUCUUUUAAAUUAAGUUUUAAUUCAUAACUUUCUGUUAAUUAAAUUAACAUAAAAAUGAAUUAUCUUUUAACAUUUAUGGCUUUAACUAUAUAUAUUGUUUAGGGGGUAAUUAGGUAAUGCUGUAUUUUUCUUUCAAAUGUCAAAUCAGUGAUGUUAGAAAGAGAGAAAAGUCAAAAAUCAGUAUUUAACUAAGCACCAGCUAGACAACGUUUAUAAGUGAGGCCAAUAGCUUAUUUUUACAUAAUAUUUAACGCUAAAUCAAAUGUUUAUAAAAUUUUCCUUUUUUAUUAUUAUGACCAAAGAUUAACCAAGUUAUAAUAACAAAUAUUAAUAUAUUAUUAGAAUUAUAAUACAUUGAAGUAAUGUCUCGAUUUUAGUACAAACGUAACUUAUUGAUUCUUUACUGUUACCCAACUAAGGCCAAAGGAAGGUAAUGCUAUUAUUUAUUGUUACCUCAUUAUGUUUAGCUAAAGCUUCAUGUUAAUUAUAAAUAAAUGCUUGUAGGUGUCCAGUAUAAUUAUCGAUGUUAGCUAAUUGUAUUCAUGUUUAUAAAAAAUAAUUUUAGUAUUCAGUAUUCAAUGUCUGGUCUUGAGAUCUGUCGGUUUAAAAUUAAUACAUGAAAAGUCGUACUAAUAAAUAAAUAACAUUUUCUUAAUUUUAAGCAUUUGUCUGAUCUCGGAGUUUAAAUUUUUUAUCACGUCACACUCUUUUUACACGGAAUGAUUAUGGGUUGAAUUACAACAAAUUAUUAUUAUAUUCAAUAAAUAAAUCGUGCUAAUUGCACAUAAUUUCGCCAAAGUUAUGAAAAGUACACCUUAGUAUAACGAAUUUGAAUAUAAAUAAAAUUGUAACUCAGCGGGACUUGAACCAUUUGGGUAUAUCGUCAAUUGAGUUAUGUGUCUGCUGUAAAGACAUUUUGGAUACUAUAUUUAUUGGUUAAUGUUGUAACAUUUUAUUUCCGAUUAAUGAAUGAUUCCAACAGUAGGUAUGUGUAGUUCGAGGCCCUAAUUUUAUAAAUCUCAUAUGCAUUUGCUUAUAACACUUAGAUAAGCUUAAUCAUCUCCAGCUUAUGAAAACGAAGUCAUAUUGCCUAUACUUAAUCUGAAUGCUAAUUGGUCAAACGCAGACGAUGAUGCAAUAAGCGACCAAUAAGCGUACAAAUUAAAGCCAAAUUAGUUAAUGUUACUUUAUCCAGCGUUUCAAAAACUUGAAGGCAAUGUCACCGCCUUAACAUUCGAUUUUCGAAAUCAUUUAUAGAGCAUUUUAGUUAUCAUUAUUUCAAAUAGAAAAUUAUAUAAAAAAAAAAUUAAUAAUAUUUCUCCAAUAUUAUAACACAUUAUUCAUUUCUUCCUUCCAAAUAAGAUUUGUUCACGAGGCAACACUGACAUACGCUACAGUAUGUUUCUAGUUCUAUGUAUGAAUCAUUAAAUUUGUAAAACGAUUGAUAAAAAUGAGGAUCAAAAUUUUUACAAAAUUACUGUCAUUUGAAGGCAUUUAUCGAUCCCAUUGAAACAAAUAAGUAAUUAUCAUUUUAAUCGAAUAAUAAAAUAUCAUUAACUGGAAUAAAUCGUUAUAUUGUUAUUGUUAUUAAAUCAUAUGAAGAAUUUAAUUACAAUAAGCGCUUAAGCAAGUUCUAAAAGCACGAAUUUAUAUUUCAUUAAAAUCAUCAGCACCUUAAAUUCAAUAAUUCCGUUUUAGUCCUUACAAUUCUGUCCCAAAUAAAAAAAUAGCUUUACUUUUUUUUUCUCAAACUAUCAAUGAAGCUAUUAUAUAUUUUAGUAAAAAAAUGUAAAUCGAUUCGGUUCGGAUUGCUCUCUCUUAAACAACCCAAGAACCCCCCUCGAAUUGAAAGUGACAAGUUUACGGUUUUAGAGUGAGCAGUUCCUGAACGCGUCGAUAACUUCUACUGAAUUAUUGUGAUAUAACUGAUGAAGUAAAUCUUUCAGAGUCUUUACAAAUGUCGACUGCUAGCGGGUUUUUGUAAGAUGUGUUACUGAUAUUUAUCACAUAUACCUCUAACAGUUUAUUAUUGUUAACUGUUAACUCGUCUAAGUUUGAGGCGGAGUUCGGACCUGUGUGUCUUGGAAAUGUUAUAACCACCAUCAUAUUAAACGAAACUUUGCCAUAUCACCACCAAUCGCGAAAUAUAAUUACGUUUUUCUUUAAAAUAUUUUUUAAAUUUCAAAUUUAUUAAUGAAAAAUUUCACAUUGAAAGUCAUCAUAACUCUGAUAACGAAGAGAUCGAAUCAAAUAAUAAAAAAAUAUAUAUAACAAUUAUAAAAGAGGUAACAUUCACGCAAUCAUUGUAUGUAAUUAAUCUUACUAGUCCAGUCAGAUUUGGUAUUCCAAUUGUAAAAUCUGCUUAAUCCAUCUAAUCUAAUUUUUUAAUAUAAACUAACAUUGACCAAAUUAGUUCGUCAAAUGAAUGUCAGCUGGUCAUAGUAUUAUAUCCUUGCGAUAAAUGUUAUUGCAAAUAUUUAAAAUAUAUAGCUACAUUAUUAACGUGGUCCUAACCUACCUUUGUAAACUAAUAUCUAGCCACGUGGGACCAAUGGGACCGUUUGCUACACGACUUUAGUCGUGACUCCAAUAAAGAUAAGUAAAGCUGUAAGGGUUAAUAUUGAUUGACACAUAGUUCCGAACUUGGUCUUUUAUAAUAUAAGCAAAGAUGUGAAUGUAACUGAAAUAUAUGAUUUGUUCUCGUUCU